AUGUGCGGAGGCGGUCCGACAUCGUCAUCAUGCAGCCCUACCAUCUGCACGUCGAGGCACUUGUGCUACGACAGGCGGUGCACGGGCUGCUCAUUCUGUAGAGGAGCGGGUGGCUCCACGGGCACCCGCUGGCCCUCCUCGUCGCCUACCAUGGGGCCUCGCUGGCCCUCCUCGUCGCCCACCCUGGCGCCACAGUGCGACACCGCGUGCACGUCUCAGUGGUGGUGCUCGGCCGCGAGGGACAGGUGCGGUGGGUGCCGCAUCUGCCAGGCGGGCGGCGGCUCGGGCGGGAUCGGUGGGGGCGGGGGCACUCGCCUGAUGGACAUCGAGUGCAAGGUGUGCGGCUGGGCCAAGACGAGCCUGGGGCACCUCGGGCGCAGCGAGCUGAACCGCAUCGACGAGGAGGCGGCCUGCCGCCAGUUCUUCAGCGCCUCGGGGGUCCGGGGUGGCGACGUGGCGGGGAACAUGAAGGAGUGCCGGGACAACCUGGCCAAGAGCCUCCUGUACCUGAGGGUGUAUGGCAGCAGCUUCGACUGCGGGACCGCCGUCGGCUACAUGUGCUCCUCCUCCCCGGGGGGCCGCCCGGGCGGCGGCUUCCCGGGCGGCGUGAUCACGAGGCCCGACAACAGGCCCAUCGACCUGGGCGAGGGCCGCGGUCCCACCUCGCGCCCAGGCAGCAAGGUGGACAGUCUCGUCAAGGAGCUCAAUAGCCUCAUCGGGCUUGACGGCGUCAAGGCUGGCAUCAAUGCCCUCCGCGACGCGGUGGAGUUCGACAUGUGGCGCAAGCGGUUCCUCGGGGAGGAGUGGUCCCUUCUGGGGCAGAGCUUCCACAUGCGCUUCCUCGGAAACCCUGGCACGGGCAAGACCGUGGUGGCGCGUCUUGUGGGCAAGAUAUUGGUCGAGCUGGAGGUGGUCAAGAAGAGCGAGUCGGCCAAAAGCGACGAGCUGGUGUUCAAAGAGGUCAGUCGCGCAGAUCUCGUGGCGGGCUAUGUCGGUCAGACUGCCCCCAAGGUGAUGCAGGCAGUGAAGAGCGCCUUCGGGGGUGUGCUGUUCAUCGACGAGGCGUACUCGCUGGUGCAGGACGAGAAAGACAGCUUCGGCCGGGAGGCCGUUGACACGCUGAUCAAGGAGAUCGAGGACCACCGCGACAAGGUCAUCGUCAUCUUUGCAGGCUACAGCAACGAGAUGGAGACCUUUUUUGAGGCCAACCCUGGCUUCCAGUCGCGUGUGCCCUUCCGGUUUGAGUUCGCGGACUACAAUUGCCAGGAGUUGGGCGGCAUCGGGGAGCUUCAGCUGAGCCAGCAGAGCAUCGAGCCGACGGCGACCGCCAAGGAGUGGAUGAACGACGUGAUCAUGUCCAAGACUGGCUGCUGCACGAAGGCGGAGAUGGACAGCGGCGCGUGUGCGGGGGCCACGCGCGACAACGGCAACGGCCGCGCCGUCCGCAACAUAUUGGAGGGGGCCCUGCGGUCCAUGUCGGUGCGAGCCGUGGCGGCCUCACAAGGAGGGCAAGCCACCAGGCAGCUGGUCACUGAGCUGCAGGAGGUCGAUAUCGCGGCGGUAGGGGGGCAGCUGGUCGCCGAGGCACUGCGCGGUACCUGCAAGGCCGCCAACCAGGCCGUGCCGGAGCUCGAGAAGCUGUGCACGGGCGGGCGCAUCCUGUCGGUGUGCAGCUUCAAGGACUUGUUGCAGAAGUCUCGCGAGGACUGCGCGGGUGCCACGGCGGUGCUCGAAGGGCUCCGGUCGACGACCUCGGUGGUGGACAACGCGAUGGACAUCGAGAUUUCCGACCCAAAAGUCAAGACGAUUUUUGAUGAGUUGGACGAGUAUAUUGGGUUGUUGACGGUGAAGCGUACCAUGCGCGAGAUGUUCACCACGGUGCAGUUUGCGCAGCUGCGCAAGCAGCAGGGGCUCGAGCCGUUGAAGAGCCAGAGCUUCCACAUGCGCUUCUUGGGCAAUCCUGGGACGGGCAAGACCGUCGUUGCCCGCGUCGUCGGGAAGCUCUUGGUGGCCCUUGGCGCGAUCGAGAAGCCAUCGAGCGAGAGCGAUUGGAUGUUCGCAGGGGGCAGCGAGGACGACGAGCCCAUUUUUAACGAGGUGAGCCGCUCUGACCUCGUGGCCGAGUACGUCGGGCAGACGGCCAACAAGACGCAGCACUGGAUUAAGGAGUCUCUCGGCGGCGUGUUCUUCCUGGACGAGGCGUACGCGCUCGUGCAGGGGGACAAGGACAGCUUCGGCCAGGAGGCCGUCGACACGCUGAUCAAGGAGAUGGAGGACAAGCGCAAGUCGGUGAUCGUCAUCUGCGCUGGCUACGCCAACGAGAUGGAGGAGUUCUUCAAGAGCAACCCCGGCUUCAAAUCCCGCGUCCCGUUCACCUUCUUCUUCGAGGACUAUACGUGCAGCGAACUCUCGGAGAUCGGGAAGAUGCAGCUCGAGAAGAAGAAGCUGACGAUGCCCGAGGACCUGACGUCCUACGAGCAGUCCAUCCGCUUCUCCACCGGGUGCUGCGAUCGCCUGGAGGAAUGCGAGGAGUCGAAGGACAAGGGCAACGGCCGGGCCGUGCGCAACGCCGUGGAGUCGAGCAUCCGCGCCAUGGCGCGCCGCCUGGCGGACGACAAGGGCCAGCCCGACAAGACGAAGUACUCGACGAUGCUGGACGAAGACUUCAGGGCCACGACCGCACAGAUGGUCGAGUCGCGCCUGACGGUGCCGUGCGGCACCAACGGCGAGCUUCAGAAGAUCACCAGCUCGGUCAUGAAGGCCGAGCUUGGCGUCCUGGACGGCCUGCCAGGGCAGCAGGCGGAGCUGGUGGCCCGGGUGCAGCGGCUCGCCGAGGAGACGCGGCUGGUGGAGGCGAUGGCCGGGUCGCUGGACCCCGCCACCGUGGGGUUGGGCAACGUGUGCCGCAGCCGGCUCGAGAUGAUGACGAGGUCGAUCCACAACAAGCUGCAGCAGGUCUGCGACCCGGGCGAGAAGGGGAUCCUGACCGUGGUGCAGUCGUCGCUGCAGGUAGAGAAGGACCCGAAGAUUGUGCAGAUGUACGCCAACAUCCUCUCGGGCAUCGUGCGGGACGAGGCCUUCAUGCGCGAGGUCCUCCGCGCCGCCUGGAAGGACGAGGACCUCGAGGCGGAAAACGUCCCAGAGCUCGAGGAGAGCUGCGACAGGCGCAUGGAGGAUCUCAGGCAGGGCAACUUCCAGGUUCCGUUCGACUUCCUCACCUUCCGCUGA